AUGACUACCACAACUCCCUCCACUGAAAUCCCUCGUCAACACAAGGCGGCUGUCUACGACAAUCCGGGUAAUGCCUCCAUAAAGAUAAAGAUGGUUGAUACACCAAAGCCCGUAUUUGGAGGGGUUCUCGUCGACUUAACCCAGACGGGUGUAUGCCAUUCAAACUUGGGUAUCAUGACCAACUCGUGGAACGUUCUUUCAUAUCCAAUCCAUGCCGGCCAGGUAGGUGGCCCAGCUGGGACAUGGCUGCGAGAAUUCGAUAUCAAGCUUGGCGACAGAGUUGGCAUCAAAUGGGUGGCAGGUGUUUGUGGUUCAUGCUUGCCUCUCCAAGUGCCCUGUCUGUCUGGAUCCGACGGUCUCUGUCUCAAGGACUAUCGGUUAGGACCCCAGUACAAUUCCGAGUAUGCUGGAGGAUACCCUAGCGGUAUAUCGCUGGGUAAAUGA